AUGGUAUUAAAUGGGAAAGAUUCAAAUUUUGAUGAAGCUCUUGAAAAGUUUUUAGAGAACUCAACGAUGUGUGAAAGUAAUGUAGUUAAAGAUUUAAAGCAUUCCUUGGAAUCUUCUCCAAAAGUUUCUCCACUUUACGUAGGAAUUAAUGUAAAACAUUCAGUUGACGAAACUUUUGAUUAUAUUAAUUUAUUUAAUAAACUUAAUAAUGAGUAUCUGGAACUCUUUCUUCCCUUUCUUCAAAAAUCCGGAUUCCAUGAACAACUUUUCUCAGUUACUAAAAACCUAACAUCAUCAACCAGUUCAAAUGGUUCCAAACAACUUCAAAACGUAAAUAGCUGUAAAACUCCCAAAGAUGAUCUCACUGUUAAAGUUUUAAGUGUAUUGGGGGACUCUGAAGAGAUAGUUUUGCAGGACCACUUUCACAUAACUUUAUUUUUUCUGGGAGUGGAUAAGAAAACACAGGAAAUGAUAAAUGAGGAUGUUGAAAAGGUUUCUAAAUACCUAAAAGAUAGGAGUUCUGACAUCAAACAAAUGUUAAACACCCUUACAUUAUACGAACUUUCAGUUUGUUUGAUGUAUAGACAUCUUUACAAGAUGCCUCUUCCUUUUGAAACCUCAGAAUUUCCUGAGUAUAGUGAGGAGAAUGCAGAGCAUGGAACUAUGAGGUAUCUAGUUUUAGUUCCAGGAGUUGUCUUUUUUGCAAUAGUAGAACUUAACAAACCUCUAUUUUCAAUUCCCCCAAAAGACUUUGAGACUAAAGUAGAAACCCACAAAGCAUUAUGUUCAGAUUCUUCACAUGUUCCAUAUGACCUUGAAAAAUUAUUAGAACAAUUAAAGGAAACAGUUUUAAUUGAAAAUUUUCAUUCUACACAUAUUACUCUGGGGACAUCAAAGAGGUACAAAGCGGUGAUCUCAAAUCAAAUAUGCCAAUCACUAGCACACUUUAUAGAUUCUUAUGACCCAAAUAACGUCCGUCUGCACUCAGAUUUGAAGUCUAACUCCAAUACAGUCAAAAGUAAUUCUUGUAGUAGCCUUUCCUUAACAAGUGAGGAUCUUAAAAAAUAUUUAAAGGUGUUUAACAGUGGACCAUGUAAAUACGAUAACUUGAAAGAUGUUUUCCUUAGUUCUGUUGCAUAUCUAAUGAAUAGCUUUUGUGGGUCAAAUGAAGACUUUAACGAACAUGUAGUAUUGAAAGAGGAUCCAAAAUUACCCGAUACCAAACACUUCGUAAGACAAGAGUCGAAGGGUGUGUAUUCUGAAACCCGUGUUUAUGUAUCAGAUGAUUACAAAUGGUUUUACUUUAACAACCUUCCAGCAACUCACACACUUCAUUCAGAAUCCAGUCAUGAAAGUUAUGACUGGUUCGUGGAUGUUUAUGUGGUUUCACUUGAUAAGCAAGUAUCUGGAAACAUCCACUUUAAUCAAAAGUGA